AAGCGUCAGAAGAAGGAUGGAUAGAAGCUACUAUUAGCAAACAAAUCGGGAAAUGUUGACUUUUCCAACAUAUCACAGACGUCAUUGGGACGUGUUGACUUUUUCCAACCAAUCACAGACGCCAUUGUAAAGCGCUGGACUUUUUCCAACCAAUCACAGACACCAUUGGGAAAUGUUGACUUUCCCAACAUAUCACAGACGCCAUUGGGAUGUGUUGACUUUUUCCAACCAAUCACAGACGCCAUUGUAAAGUUCUGGACUUUUUCCAGCCAAUAGCAGACGCCGAUACUUUCCCAGGUGAAAAACAAUAGUCGAGUGUGGUUGCUAAGCGCCGGAGGACGCGUUACUUCACAUACGAGGCGAAUACAUCAUCUUUGGCAUAAUUUCGCCGGGUAUGAAGUCAUUUCGUCACCUAUUUUGGGUGAUUGUGUCACUCGACGUGCCCUAGUCAUUUGUACACGAAUGCAGCGGGCUUGUUCGCGACGUUGACUCAACUUUCCGAGUGAGGAAAACAAGUUCCAUUGCAUGCAAAGUGCAGCGAUGUUUCUCAAUUCCUGCAAACGCUCACAAUGUUGGCGUUCUGGCUUGAUCUGAGUUCGACUGGUCUGGUCUGCGGAGCCGGGCGAGGGCGCCAAGUUUGAUUAGUCAUGGAGGAAGCAGGAUAAACAAGAUCCAGGCUCACCAUGGCUUCGGUAUUGGACGAUCCCUGCAUGGAAAGGGUGUUGAAGGGCCACACGGAUGCUGUCACUUGUGCACAUUUCAGUCCCAACUCCAAUCAACUGGCCACAGGCUCCGCGGACAGGAGUUUGAUGGUCUGGCAUCUGUCCCCCAAAGGGAGGUCUCUGCGCUUCGUCAACCAUCAGGACACCGUUACCGCGGUCCAGUUCUGUCCCGUGGGGAGCCUGGUGGCCACCUCGUCCAAGGACAAGAUGGUGCGACUGUGGAAGCCGUCCAUGAAAGGAGAGUCCACGGUGUUCAAGGCGCACACGGCCACUGUGCGCAGCGUCGCCUUCUCCAACGACGGCGAGAAGUUGGUGACGGCGUCCGACGACAAGACCGUGAAGGUGUGGAGCGUCAGCCGGCGAUGCUUUGUCUACUCGCUCAGCCAGCACACCAACUGGGUGCGAUGUGCCAGAUUUUCUCCCGACGGCCGCCUCAUCGUGUCCUGCGGGGAUGACCGCAGCGUGCGACUGUGGGACACGUCCAGCAAACACUGCAUCAACUGCUUCACCGAUUACCGCGGAUCACCCACCUUUGUGGACUUCAACUCCAGAGGCACGUGCAUCGCGGCCUCAGGGGCGGACAGCACACUGAAGCUCUGGGACAUCCGCACCAACAAGCUAAUCCAGCACUACCAAGUCCACAGUGCAGGCAUCAACAGCUUCUCCUUCCACCCGUCUGAUAACUACAUGAUCAGCGCCUCCAGCGAUGGAACCCUCAAGAUGCUGGACCUGUUGGAGGGACGCCUCAUCUACACCCUGCACGGACAUAAGGGCGCCGUGCUCACCGUCUGCUUCUCCACCGAGGGAGACCUCUUUGCUUCCGCCGGACUGGACGCCAAGGUGAUGUUGUGGAAGACCAACUUUGACACCAAGUCCUACAACGAAGUCCUGCAGCAGCACAGCAGGAGGUCCGUGACCUAUCCCCCGCCCCACCUGACCGACAUCCCGCCAAGGACCGCCCACCCUCACUCCACGUAUCCUCCUGACGUCCAGGUUGCUGCGUCUCUGGCGGACACACACACACCUGAGCCGCACAUCGUGGUGCUGCAGGAGGCCGAGCGUCAUCUGCAGCGGCACAACGCUGACCUCGCCCACUACGCUGUGGAGGAUGUGGACGCCAGGGAGGAGGACACCAGCGAGGAGGAGCAGAAGACACAACAGGAAGGGCACGAGGACCAUGCAGGUGGUCGACGGAAAGGAGAGGAUGAGAGAAGAAGACAACAAGACACCCUACGCCCCUCGCCCGUCCUCAACUCCAUCCUGCAGCACAUCGUCCAACAGCUGGACGUCCUCACACGGACAGUGUCGGUGCUAGAGGAUCGUAUCACCAUGACGGAGGACAAGUUGCAGGAAUGUCUUCCGGCUACGCUCACCCCCCAUGUUGCGCUAGAAGGAGCUAGCGCUGGGACUGAGGCGUUAGCAGCGCAACAAGCGGAAGGAGGAGCUAGCGGCGGGACGGACCGCCCACUUGAGGAGCAGCUGCCUUCAGGACAAGACUCAGGACAAGACUCAGGACAAGCAGUACAACAGACGCCCACUUAAGUGGACUUUUAAGGUACUCACAUGACAGGUUGGACACUGAAGUGAAGUGAAUUAUAUUUAUAUAGCGCUUUUCUGUAGUGACUCAAAGCGCUUUACAUAGUGAAACCCAAUAUCUAAGUCACAUUUAAACCAGUGUGGGUGGCACUGGGAGCAGGUGGGUAAAGUGUCUUGCCCAAGGACACGACGGCAGUGACUAGGAUGGCGGAAGCGGGGAUCGAACCUGCAACCCUCAAGUUGCUGACACGGCCGCUCUACCAACCGAGCUAUACCACUGAUGUCCUGGCGAUUCUGUUUUCCUGACAACAACAAACUGACGUCCUGGUGAUUCUGUUUUCACGACAACAACAAACUGACGUCUUGGUGAUUUUGUUUUCUUGACAACAAACUGCCGUCCUGGUGAUUCUGAUUUCUUGACAACAAUAAACUGACGUCCUAGUGAUUCUGAUAAAUGUUGUCCGGGGUGUCACUGAAGUCCUAGUGAUGAUGUUUUCUUGACAACAACCAACUGACAUCCUGGUGAUUCUGAUUUCGUGACAACAAUAAACCGACGUCCUGGUGAUUCUGAUAAAUGUUGUCCGGGGUGUCACUGACAUCCUGGUGAUUCUGUUUUCUUGACGACGACAAACUGACAUCCUGGUGAUUCUGUUUUCUUGACAACAACAAACUGACGUCCUGGUGGAUCUGUUUCUUUGACAACAACAAACUGACGUCUUGGUGAUUUUUUUUUCUUGACAACAAACUGACGUCUUGGUGAUUCUGUUCUCUUGACAAAAACAAACUGACGUCAUGGUGAUUCUGUUUCUUGAUUCUGUUUUUUUGACAACAACAAACUGACGUCCUGGUGAUUUUGUUUUCUUGACAACAAACUGCCGUCCUGGUGAUUCUGAUUUCUUGACAACAAUAAACUGACGUCCUGGUGAUUCUGAUAAAUGUUGUCCGGGGUGUCACUGACUUCCUAGUGGUUCUGUUUUCUUGAUUCUGUUUUCUUGACAACAACUAACUGACAUCCUGGUGAUUCUGAUUUCGUGACAACAAUAAACUGACGUCCUGGUGAUUGUGUUCUCUUGACGACGACAAACUGACAUACUGGUGAUUUUGUUUUCUUGACAACAACAAACUGACGUCAUGGUGAUUCUGUUAUCUUGAUUCUAUUUUCUUGACAACAACAAACUGACGUCCUGGUGAUUCUGAUUUCUUGACAACAAUAAACUGACGUCCUGGUGAUUCUGAUAAAUGUUGUCCGCGGUGUCACUGACUUCCUAGUGGUUCUGUUUUCUUGAUUCUGUUUUCUUGACAACAACUAACUGACAUCCUGGUGAUUCUGAUUUUGUGACAACAAUAAACUGACGUCCUGGUGAUUCUGUUCUCUCGACGACGACAGACUGACACACUGGUGAUUCUGUUUUCUUGACAACAACAAACUGACGUCCUGGUGAAUCUGUUUUUUUGACAACAACAAUAUGACGUCCUGGUGAUUUUGUUUUCUUGACAACAAACUGCCGUCCUGGUGAUUCUGUUUUCUUGACAACAACUAACUGACAUCCUGGUGAUUCUGAUUUCGUGACAACAAUAAACCAACGUCCUGGUGAUUCUGAUAAAUGUUGUCCGGGGUGUCACUGACGUCCUAGUGGUUCUGUUUUCUUGAUUCUGUUUUCUUGACAACAACUAACUGACAUCCUGGUGAUUUUGAUUUCGUGACAACAAUAAACUGACGUCCUGGUGAUUCUGUUCUCUUGACGACGACAAACUGACAUACUGGUGAUUCUGUUUUCUUGACAACAACAAACUGACGUCCUGGUGAUUCUGUUUCUUGACAACGACAAACUGACAUCAUGGUGAUACUGUUUUCACGACAACAACAAUCUGACGUCCUGGUAAUUCUGUUUUCACGACAACGAAAAAAACUGACGUCAUGGUGAUUCUGUUUUCACGACAACAACAAACUGAUGUCAUGGUGAUACUGUUUUCACGACAAGAUCAAACUGACAACAUGGGUAUUCUGUUUUCACGACAACAACAAACUGAUGUCAUGGUGAUACCUAUUCAAGACAACAACAAACUAACAUCCUGGUGAUUCUGUUUUCUUGACAACAACAAACUGACAUCCUGGUGAAUCUGUUUUCACGACAACAACAAACUGACGUCAUGGUGAAUCUGUUUUCUUGCUCACAUAUAGUAUAAAUCACUACAUGGUCUAGGGCCGAAGUGUAUUACUGAUAUGCUGCCACUAUAUAAGCCCUCUAGAUCACUAAGAUCUUCUGAGACCAAUCUGUUAACGGUUCCCAGAGUAAACUCAAAUCAAGGGAGACCAUCGUUCAGUCACUACGCAACAAAUAGCUGGAAUAAACUUCCCGAAGAUGUCAGACUUUCCCCAACUCCGACUACUUUUAAAAUUACACUGAAAACUUUUAUGUUCACCUUAGCUUUCAGCUAAGUUUUUUAAUCUUUUAACUUUUAACGUCCGCACUGUUUUUAUUUUUAUUGUCUGCAUUUUAAUUUUGCUUUUAUUUUCUUUCAUUUCACUUUGUUGUCUGUGAAGCACUUUGAGUUUGCCUUGUGUAUGAAAAGUGCUACACAAAUAAAGUUGCCUUGUCUUGCCAACAACAAACACUAACCAUAUAUAAUCAAUCUUUGUGUACAGCAAACGUAAGUUAUAAAAUAAAGAUCACUUUUAUC